UUUGGGUAUUAAAAGUUGUCUAUAUCCGCCCUUUUUAAAGGGCGGGCUGAGCGGGCAAACGGGCCGAUCCUUGUGCUGGGUCAAAUUGUGGCCUAUAGGCUGCAUUAUUUAUCUAAUAAUUUUCUGCAAUUCCACUAUAAUUUAGUAUUGGAAAAAAAGUGGAGGGAAAAGUGGGGGAAACAGGGAACACGAUGAGACGCAGCCACCAAAUCGUCAGUUCCUCCUCCGACGAAGAAGAAGAAGCAGUAGAAUCGGUUCCGCGGCCUCGACAACCACCGCCGCAAGUCGAGGAAGAAGACGACUCAACCACCGCCACUCUCAAUUUCCAAACCGUAUCCCUCAAUUCCACCGCCCCUCCCUCGGCACAAGUAGCCGCCGACUGCGCAGUUGGCCGCGUAUUGCAGGAUAUGGGUCUCCGGUUGAGGGCGGAAUGGCUGCAGUCCUGCAUUGGCCAACUAGAAGCCUCCGUCUCUGGUUUCUCGGCCUUCGAUUCCUCAUCCAAGGCCAAGCUGUGCUUUAAGCAGUUCCUCUACUCGGACAUGAACUUCUCAGGUGCAGGGGGAUUGCCUCCGAAUGUGCACACUUUGCAAUCAGUUGAUCUUAAAGGCCCAUUUGUGCUUCAGGUGGAUGAGAUAAUUAAUAUCAGCUGUCCUCUAAGAGGGAGGUACCAGGAAGCACCAGCUGGAAUUAAGAGAUGUCUCAAAUUAUCAAUGACAGAUGGUAUCCAGCGUGUGUUUGGUAUGGAGUACAGGCCUCUAAAGGGACUUAAUGCCAUGGCUCCUGCUGGGAUUAAGGUUUCCAUAUGCAAUGUCAGUGUAAGGCAUGGACUCCUCUUGCUGGUUCCUGAAGUUUUUGAAAUUUUGGGAGGUAUGGUUGAUGAGUUGGAGGGAGCUCGCCAGAGACUUGUUGUUGAAGCAAACAAGCCACCAAGGGGAAAGAGAACAAGAAAUGGAGAUGCUCCUCCUUUAGCAACUAGAUCAACUCUUGCUGCAUGGCCUCAAGAAAGCGCUACUGCUUCAGAAUGCCCUGAUACUUCUAGAUCACGUGAUCAAACUACCCAGUUUCAAGGGCAAGGAGCCUUAUCUGGUAUGUGCACAAGUAAUAGGCAUGGAGCUGUCACAACUCCCAUCAGAAGGGAAGAGGCCGAAACUGACUGUUCAUUUGUGGAGGCUAUGGAUGUGUCUGUUAUCCCUGCCAGCACUAGGGUUGGGAACUUUGCUUCUCGUAGUAGGAUGGAAGUGGCUGACAUUGGUGUUUUACCCAUGGAGGAUUUGAAUGCAUCUGGUACAAACACCAUUAGUAGGGUAAGGGAUGCUGCAGGUCCGACGAGGAGGGAAAGUACCGAUACUAACCUUUCAGCUAUGGAUGUUGAGGAAAACCAUAUGCUGGAUGUAGAAAUAAUGUCAAGGGUCCCUUCCACCACCAGCAUAAGAGAAGACACAUCAGCUUAUGUUUGUACUGGAAGUGCUGCACCUACUUCUCUGCAUGAUGGAGCUAUGGAUGCUGAUGGAAUUCAUUCCUUUGAUGCAAGAUUAGGGUCAGAGUCUCUUGCACAGAGCAGAACUCAAGAUAAUGUUCCAAUUCAUAUCACAACUGUUGACUCUGAUUCAGAUGCACUACCUACUGCAUCUAUAGAGCAAGAAAUACAUGUGUUUGAUGAGCUGGAUCACCCUUUUGUGCUUAGUGGAGACAAGGAAAGUCCUUUUACUUACCUGGCCAGCUUGUCUGCUAAGUUGGCAGGUACUACUGACAAAACUUCUUGUGUCAAAGGAAAAAUCAAGUGCUUUCUUACCGGCGUGAAGGGAUUUCAAUUUAAAAAUAGGAGCACAUAUGAGCUUAGAGUUUUUGUUGAUGAUGGAAGCCUCAUCUCUGAGAUACUUAUCGAUCACAGUGUUGUGCAUAAAGAAGUAGGCUACACUCCUGCGGAAGUAACUAAUGCUCUUGCUUCGUCAGAUCAAAACCAAGCACUCAAUAUGAAGAAAACGAUGAAUCUAUUCCAGAGAUUCCUUGUGAAUUUUGAGGGAACAAUGGUUGUAGAGAUAAGGGAAGACAGUCCAGUCCCAAUUGCCACAGAAAUGAACCAGGGCUGUCCUGCCUCUGAUGCUUGGCUCCUUCUUAGGCGCCUUUCUUCAUCUCCUCUGCCAUUUCAACAGUCCACUGAUCACAACCUAAGCCCUAUUGAUUUAUCUCCCUAGUUUGUGUUCAUGUGGGUACUACUUACUUGAGGUUUGAAGAAAAGGUAUGGGAGAAGUUAUUUUUUUUUUGUCUAAAAUAUAAUAUCAGCAGUAAAUUAUUAUAAACCCAAUGUUCAUUUAGUUUUAGUGGUUCAAGUUAUUAUGAACCCAAU